AUGUCCCGACAGAUCUUUGCUCUCGCCGACCAGCAAUUCGAGGACCAUCAGAUUCCGAAGUCUGUGCAGAAAGGUUAGUGAGCCAAUGAGUAUUGUGCAUCCAAUCAAAUCUGCAGACAUGCCCUUCCACAAGUUGCUCGUCCUGACGGAAGACGGAAAACCUCUCGCCCAAUCGCUCAUUUCCUCCAAGAACUGCCAGUUCUUCACCAACUUCUUGUCCGAGGAUCAGAAAUUGAAUGGAGUCGCCGAAGAUCAAUGGAUAAUUUGCGAUUUUGUUGCUAAAUGUUGA